UGAUAAGCUACGAGUUGGCAUGGUCUGCUAGUCUAUUUGUCGCCCUCUUAGCCUAGCCUAUGGUAGAAAUCGACUGGUGACUCAUUGUCACAAGAUAAGGAGGAUCUUCUAUAUUGAAUGCUAGGCUUUGCCUAGCUCACGGUGACUGAACAUCUAUUCCCUGCAGAUUCACGACAUAGCGACUUUAACUCAAGAUGGGUUCCUCAGGCCUAGGCCUGCCAGUGCCCAUUCCCGCAGAGAGAAGUUCGUUCAGACCUCAAACUGGCCCCAUGCAGAAGCUUGCCGUCAGCAACCAGGCUGGGUGUGCCAGGCAACAGGCGGAGAAGGAGAGGCACAUCAGACUUCCGCCCAGGAUUUUCGUGAGAUUCAUUCGUCCCAACCAUGAUAAGCACACUUGUUUCACAAUGAAGAUGUUGCCGACGUUCAAGGAAUUCCAGGACACAUUAAGACAUCAUUGCAAACUCUUGGUGGAGUCAGACGGUGAUCCGACCGCAAGGGAAGCCAUCGAGGGCAUCAAGUCCUUCAUCACGAUCAUGGGUGCCCUUGAUGCUCCAGAGCCAAAGUGGGAUGACUCCCAGUCUCUUCAGAUUAGCUAUAUUGAUGAAGAGGGAGACGAAAUAAUGGUGAAUACAGAGGAUGAGUUUGAGGAGAUGAAAAGGGUGGAUGAGAAGUUCCAGAAGGUCCGGUCGAUGCUUCAAGUGCGCGUAACGCCGAAGCCAAACGCAAAACGCGUCGACGAUUCCCAGGUCUUGCUUCGCGCGCUGGGAUCGACCCAGGCCGGGCGGGAAUACAUGGAGGCCAAGGGAGGAGAGAAAACGGAGAAGAGGAGUCUGGACCCGCCGAGGGAAGGGACGGAGGGCGGGUGCGCCCGGUGCGGGACCCUGGAGAAGCGGCUCUCGCAGGUGGAGGAGAAGCUGAAGCAGACGGAGGAGGGCUUCUCGGCGGUCAUCACCGGAUACAAGCAGUUCACCGAGGAGCUGGUCACCGGCCUCAUCGAACGGAUGAAGGGAGAGGUACGAGAGGAGAUAAGAGAGGCGAUCAGGUCGGAGCUCUCCAGUAUCCAUGCAUCUGGUCCACACUCCACGUCAGGGUCCAGAAUAGAAAAUGAGGGGCAGACGAUGGAGGACGAUGGACACAAGCCGCCUCCGGCCGACGUCCAGCAAGAGAUGAAGGAAUUGCGAGCCUGGAUUGAGGACUCCCUCACCAUGGCUGAGAGCAUGGAAGGGAAGGGGAUCGUCGAGGACGUCGAGGAGGUCGAGGACAUGGUCUCCAAUUGGUCGGGGGAUGGGGAGGACUUCGAGGUGAUCCCGAUCCCGGAUUGCUUCACCCUUGGUGAUGAGAGUAGUCUCCAUAGCACUGCUACUGCAUUUGGUGAAGAAGAGUUGGAGGCCCCAUUGAAAACUGAGGCCAUAAAGAUUCCCCUUCCCACUUAUGGAGGUGAUUCCAGAGGUGACACAAGAACGUUUGUGACUCCUGCUAACACACCGAACCAGGCAUCACUGUCCACAUCGAUGGUAGACACAGAAGCGAUCAUUCACUCUGUGACGGCCCUGGCGGCCGAGCAGGCGGAGCAGGUGGAACGGGUGGAACAGUCCCACGCCCAGGAGCUGCAAGACGAAGGGCCGAACACGGGAUCGAGCAAGGAGAGUAACCAAGAGAACUCGCUGCCCAAUCGGAAAAAGGAUCCAAUGGAGGAUCUGGUGGAGAUGGGCUUUGCCAAUCGUGAGCGGAACAAGGAGUUACUUAGACUCUACGAUAACGACCUCACAGCGGUCAUCAAUGCUCUGGUCAGCGAGCAGACGGCGCCCGACAUGCAUUUCGUCGCAGACCGGGUCGAGGAGGAGGAAGAGGAGGAGGAGGAGGAGGAGGCUCGGCGCGCGGCGCAUUCUCGAGAUGUCAGACUCCGAGAGCGAUCCGAGUGA